UCUCCCCUGCAGGAGGACGGAGGAGCCCGGCGGGGGAAGGAAGGAAGCGCCGCCCGAGAGGAGGAGGAGGAGGAGAGGGGCCCCGCGGAGCAGCCCUGCCCGGUCCCGGCGCGGCUUCCCCGGGAGACGGCGGGGAAAGGCCGGGGGGCUCCGGGGCUGCCGGAGGGAUGAGCCCAGGGGGAGCCCGGGAAAGGCGGCUGCCUGGAGGGCGACGCGGGGAGGAGGAAACGGGCGGAGACCCCGAGACGGUCCUGGAGGGCGGAGGCUCCUUCGGAAGACCCGGAGGGCCCCCAAGGAUCCAGGAGGGAGGAAAAGAAUUUCAGUGCCCAGAAUGUGGAAAGUCCUUCAAGAGAAAUCACCAUCUGGAAAACCACUUAAGAAUCCACACAGGAGAGAAGAAAUACGAAUGCCCGGAAUGUGGAAAAUCUUUUACAACAAAUGGACAUCUUCAAAGGCAUCUAAGGAUCCACUCGGGAGAAAAACCUCAUAAAUGCUUUGAGUGUGGAAAGAGCUUCAGUUGGAGCAGCAGCCUUUAUGUACAUCAAAGGAUCCACACGGGAGAAAAACCGUAUAAAUGCCUGGAAUGUGGAAAGAGCUUCAGUCAAAGCAGCAACCUUUAUAAACAUCAAAGGAUCCACUUGGGAGAGAACCUGAAUAAAUGCUUAGAGGACAGACGGGCCUUCGGAAGACACAGGAAUCGCCAAAGGAUUCAGGAGGGAGGAAAGAAAUUUCAAUGCCCAGAAUGUGGAAAAUCCUUCAAAAGAAAUGACCAUCUCAAAUGCCAUCUAAGGAUCCACUCAGGAGAAAAACCUUAUAAAUGCUUUGAGUGUGGAAAGAGCUUCAGUCAGAGGGGAAAUCUUGAUACCCAUCAAAGGAUCCACUGGGGAGAGAAGCUGAAUAAAUGCCUGGAGGGUAGAGGCUCCUUCGGAAGACUCGGCAGUCCCCAAAGGAUCCAGGACGAUGGAGAGAAAUAUCAGUGCCCGGAAUGUGAAAAAUCCUUCCAAACGAACAAAACCCUCGAAACCCAUUUAAGAAUCCACACGGGAGAGAAACCGUUUCUGUGCCUAGAAUGUGGAAAAAGUUUUACCCAGAAAGGAACCCUUCGUGCCCAUGAAAGAAUCCACUCCGGAGAAAAACCCUAUAAAUGCCUGGAAUGUGGAAAAACCUUCCGUUUGAGCGGAAACCUAUAUGCCCAUCAAAGAAUCCAUACAGGGGAAAAACCGUUUAAAUGCCUGCAAUGCGGGAAAAGCUUCCGGCUCAGUGGGAACCUUUAUAUUCAUACAAGGACCCACACUGGGGAAAAGCCAUAUAAAUGCCAGUGUGGAAAAAGCUUUAUUGUAAGUGGACACCUCCUUCGACAUCAAAAAAUUCACAUUAGUGAAAAGCUGCAUAAAUGCCCAAAAUGUGAGGAGACCUUUAGUGACAGGGAAAGCUUUUGUAAGCAUAAAAAAAUCCACACGAGAGAAAAACUGCAUAAAUGCUUGGAGUGUGGAAAGCGCUUCCAUGAGAGGAGAAGCCUUUAUAAUCACACUAUAAGAAUUCACACUAGAGAACAAAUCUGGAAAUGUUUGGAGUGUGGAGUGUCCUUCCCAACGCUCAAAAGCCUGAGAAAUCAUCAAAGAAUCCACAGGAGGGAAAAGGAAUAUAAAUGCCUGGAGUGUGGAAAGAGCUUCAGUCAGAAGGGACAUCUUUAUAGACAUCAAAGGAUCCAUUCAGGGGAGAAACCCUACAAGUGCCUGGAGUGUGGAAAGAGCUUUACUGAGAGCGCGCAUCUCCGUCAACAUCAAAGAAUCCACACGGGAGAGAAACCAUACGAGUGCCUGGAUUGUGGAAAGCGAUUCCGUCAAAACGGCAGCCUUUAUAUGCACCAAAGAAUUCACACGGGAGAGAAGCCGUAUAAAUGCUUGGAGUGUGGGAGGAGCUUUACUGAUGGUGGACACCUCAGUCAACAUCAAAGAAUCCACACGGGAGAGAAACCCUUUCAAUGUCUGGAGUGUGGAAAAUCUUUCAGUCGGGUAGAACACCUCCAUCGGCACAAAAGAAUUCACACAGGGCAGAAACCCUAUCAAUGUGCAAAGUGUAGAAAGAAUUUCAGUCACAAGGCGAGCCUUUAUACACAUCAAAGAAUCCACUCGGGAGAAAAACCCUUUAAAUGCCUGGAGUGUGGGAAAUGCUUUACUCAGGGUGGCCACCUCUGCCAACAUCAAAGAGUUCAUACGGGAGAGAAACCCUUUAAAUGUCUGGAGUGCGGAAAGAGCUUCAGUCAGAGGGGAAACCUCCAUAUACAUCAAAGAGUCCAUUCAGGUGACAAAUGCCGAUAAAUGCCUGGCACUGGAAAGAAAUGUAAAUGUAUAGUGUGACUAUACGCUGAUGCACCUGGAAUGCUGUGAUCCUACCACAGAAGUGCUACCUUGCACUUGCAUUCGCAGGCUUUCAAACUGCCAAUUGGGCAGGACGAGAGCUCACUCCAUCACGCAACUCUUUGUCAAGCACAGGAAAUAUAAACAGUUCCAAGAUUUAUUGUGAACUUAAGCUCUCCACAAGCUUAACUACUCAACUACUAACAGUCAAGCGAAAUUAGUGCGAGUUAAUAGAAAGGAAUUUAAGGUGGGCUGGACUGGGAUCACUUGUGGGCGUGAAGGGGAUAACUGAUGAUACAGGUCAACUUGUUAUUCUAGAGUUUUUGGGUCUCGAACCCGAGCUGACAAGGUCAGAGUCUUUCACCACUGAGCCAUCAUGCCCUCUUGUAGGUAAAGUGUUGCUACAAUGCUUCAGUACCCAGCAAAGAAUGUCUAGCCCUGGAUAUAAUGCACAAGGCUUUUUUAAGAGCUGAGACAUUCCUUGAACAUCACAGAUCUAAUUGCCAUCCAUAAGGUACAGAUGUAACAGUAAUAGAGUUGGAAGGAACCUUGGAGGUCAUCUAGUCCAGCCCCUCUGCCCACGCAGGAGACCUAUACUGGGGAUUCGAGCUGUUGACCUUUCUGAUCGACAAGUUCAGUUCUCAGCCACUGAGCCACUUAGUCAGGAUUACGAGUACUUACUAGUACAUACAGUGUAGAUACUUAACUUCAUUGCCAUCUCAACUUGACUGUAUACUGUAUGAUCUGCCCAAGCAUUAAGCAUCAAACUUGUGAAUGGGACCGUUAUACUAUUUCCUUUUUUUAAAUUUGCAUUUAUAUCCCGCCCUUCUCCGAAGACUCAGGGCGACUUACACUAUGUCAAGCAAUAGUCUUCAUCCAUUCGUAUAUUAUAUACAAAGUCAACUUAUUGCCCCCAACAAUCUGGGUCCUCAUUUUACCUACCUUAUAAACGAUGGAAGGCUGAGUCAACUUUAGGCCUGGUGGGACUUGAACCUGCAGUAAUUGCAAGCAGCUGUUGUUAAUAACAGACUGUCUUACCAGUCUGAGCCACCAGAGGCUCCUUUAUUGCUAUGGUUUGUUUAAUGGAUGUGCUCUUUUGUGUGGCCUCAUUUGAUAUUAUAAUUUGAUAGUUCAAAUUGUUUAAAAGUAUUUACUCUGAUCACUCAUAAUACAAAUCGAUCCGCGUCUUACAAAUACCGCAAGGAGUACCGAAACCUAUUAGUACAGCUACAUACAAUUAUGCAUAUGGUAGUACAUUUACGGCCUCCAGACGGUCUCCAGAGUCUGGGAAGGCCGUUUUCGCCCUCCCGGAGGCUCAAGAGAAGCCUCUGGAGCCUGGGGAGGGCAAAAACACACCCACCACCACCCGCCGUGGUGCAGGAGGCCAACCAUGGCCACGCCCACCCAGCAAUGGGGCAGAGAACCCCUUGCUAAAAUUUUUGAAGCCCACCCCUGGCUGUCAGUACAUCCAAACUUCAGUCACUUGCCUGUCUCUCUUGGCUGAAACACAUCUCUCCCAAUGCAGCUGAUGGACACCAAACAGAGGAUGUACCUAUUUUGCAGUGUUCAAAGCUGUUUGCUUCCAGGAGGAUUCUGGGUGCCAGAUGUAAUACCUCCCCAAAAAAUUGGUGCAACAUUGCAGGCUGGGGGAUUCUGGGAGUUGAAGUCCGCCAGGCUGAAAGUUGCCCAGGUUGGAGACCUCUGAUCUAGACAGGUUUUGUUCCAUUUUUAAUGCAAUAGAACAGGGAAUGUUUAAACCAGGGAUCCCCAAACUUGGCAGCUUUCCCAUUCAAUUCUGGGAGUUGAACUCCACAAGCCUUAAAG